ACCGCAGGCCCGGCGCGAGGACUGCAGACUCGCCGACGGCGGCCGCAUCCCCAGGGGCCGGGGCGCGCCCGGUGGAAGCCCCCUGCCGAGACGCCCAGGACACCGGAGACAGGGAGCCGCGGUGGAGGAAGAGUCACGUUUCCGAGAGGGAAGUGAAAUAAAGAGGGCGGCACCCGGGGGGACCUGUGCGUCACUGAGGGGCCGCGGAGAGGCGCGGGCGCACGGGCGGGGAAGGAGAAGCGGGAGCGAGAAGCCGGGCGGCGGCACCUCGACGCGGCCGAGCGGCCCCCGCCUUCCUUCCCCGGCCGCGCCCCGUGCGCCCGCAGCCUCGCGGCGCAGCCUCCGCGCUCCGCGCUCCGCGCUCGGGAUCCGGCCGGCGGGGCGCCCGGCGCGCGCGCAAUGUGGCCGCGGACACGGCUCCGGCACCGCGCGCCCCGGCGCUGGGCGCCGGCGCUGGCGCUGCUGGCCCUGGGCGGCGCAGGGCUGUGCCUCGCCGUUCCGCAGCCCGCGCAGCCCGCGAGGCCCGGCGCCAGGAGCAAGAACUGGUGCGCCUACAUCGUGAACAAGAACGUGAGCUGCUCUGUGCUGGAGGGAAGUGAGAGUUUUAUUCAGGCUCAGUACAGCUGUGCCUGGAACCAGAUGCCCUGUCCGUCCGCGCUGGUGUAUCGUGUGAACUUCAGACCCAGAUAUGUCACCAAGUACAAGACAGUGACACAGUUGGAAUGGAGGUGCUGCCCUGGCUUUAGAGGGGGAGACUGCCAGGAAGGUCCCAGGGACCCUGUGAAGACUCCCCGCCCCACACCUGCCCGGCCUCGAAAUAGCAUGAAGAAAGCCACAGAUAAUGAACCAAGCCAAGUCUCAGAGCCCAAGAAGACUUUGUCACCAACUCCUGCAGCAGCAGGACCAGGUCAAAUGGUAGAUCCAAAACAGGGGCCACAAGAACUUCAGGAAAAGAAAAUCCAGGUGCUUGAAGAGAAGGUUCUCCGACUCACAAGAACAGUUCUUGAUCUCCAGUCUUCCAUUGCUGGAGUGAAUGAAAACCUCAAACAUGCCAUUCAGGACGAUGCCAGCAAAAUGUUGGCAUCAUGGCUCAGUAACCUGCACCCCCAGCCAGUGCCUGACAGUGCUGUUGGUGGAGACACAGAAACUGUCCAGCUUCCUGAUGUCCUCAACAAUAAGGAAUCUGGCAUGAAGGACAUCAAGUCUGAAUUGGCUGAGGUCAAGGAUGCUCUGAAGACCAAGAGUGACAAGCUGGAAGAGUUGGAUGGGAAAGUAAAGGGGUAUGAAGGACAGAUCAAACAGCUCCAGGAAGCUGCCCAGGGCCCUACGGUGACCAUGACUACCAAUGAACUCUACCAAGCCUACGUCGAUAGUAAAAUUGAUGCCCUGAGAGAGCAGCUCAUAGAGGGAAUGGACAGAAAACUGGCCGAUCUGAAGAACACAUGUGAGUACAAGCUGAUCGGUCUCCAACAGCAAUGUGAUGACUAUGGGAGCAGCUACCUAGGAGUGAUUGAGCUUAUAGGGGAGAAGGAAACAAACCUGAGAAAAGAAAUAAAUGAUCUUCGAGCCCAGAUACAAGCUCCUUCAGCUCAGUCUAAUUGCUGUGGUGGUGAAAAGAAUGGUGACUUUGGGCAACAGAUCAGGAUGUUAGAUCAGAAAAUCGAAAGAGUUGCUGAAGCCACCAGAAUGCUGAAUGCACGACUGGAUAAUGAAUUUGACCGCCUUGUAGUUCCAGAGCCAGAUGUGGACUUUGAUGCAAGAUGGAAUGAACUAGAUGCAAGGAUCAAUGUGACAGAGAAGAACGCGGAAGAACAUUGCUUUUACAUUGAAGAAACCCUUCGGGGGACCAUUAAUGGCGAGGUAGAUGACUUGAAGCAACUUCUUGAUCAGAAAAUACUGUCUUUGGAAGAACGCCUGGGUAGUGUUCUCCUAGAUGUGGCCAACAGCACCGAUGCAGGACCCACUGCCCCAGCCUCAGGCUUACCGGGUGUGUCAGGGGCUAGGAACAAACAGGUCAUGGUAGAGUUAGAUAACCUAAAGAACAAAGUUCAAGUUGUUGAAGAUAUUUGCCUGCAGAACUUUCAGAGAGAGCCUCAUGGUAUAGAAGAUACUUUGCCAAGUGGAGAAGACCACAUAAUGGAUGAUAGUUUGAACCUUUUGAAAUCUUUAAAUGAUACAAUGCAUAGGAAGUUUCAAGAAACUGAACGUAGCAUCCAGAAACUUCAACAGGAUUUUAGUUUUCUUUAUUCUCAACUAAACCACACAGAAGACCAUGUGAAUAAUCUCCAGAAUGAACUGAGCAAUUGCAGAGAAGGUAAAAAUGUUGCAGUGGGUGGGUUUUCUAAGGGGGGUGAGCAAGAAAGGACGGUGGAACCUCUCCCAUCUCCCCGGGACCCCAUGGCUCAUUGCUGCAGCCAGCUAGAGGAGAGGUGGCAGCAGCUGCAGAGCCAAGUCCUUUCUGAGCUGGACACUUGUAAGGAAAAUACUCACGGGGUCCAGAGGGACAUCUCUGUGGUUGAGAGCAGGGUGUCUCAAAUGGAGAAAACCUGCAGCAAACUGGACUCCAUCUCAGGAAGUCUUCAGAGGAUCAAGGAGGGACUCAACAAGCAUGUCAACAGCCUCUGGAGUUGUGUCAGGCAGAUGAAUGGGACACUCUGGUCACAUUCCAGAGACAUAUCUGGCUUAAAGAAUUCAGUCCAGCAAUUCUAUAGCCAUGUUUUCCAGAUUUCUACUGACUUGCAAGAUCUGAUCAAAUUUCAGCCAUCAGCAACGGAGGAGCCCCCUGAAGUGCCCCCGCCCCCAGGAAAGGCUCCGCAGGCGCCUGGACAGCCCUUGCAGCCGGAGCUGGUGGAGGCACCCACGGAGGCCUCUCAUCCCAAGCCGACCCCUCUGCUGAGGCCCAGCGCCCCCCCGCUUCCUGAGGACCCCAGGAAACGGCUGCACACAGGCCAGCGGCCUGUCCUGCCCCAGAGACCCCCGAAGCCGCUGCCCCCGCCAGCAUGGCCGGGCUGGGCAGGGCUGCCCUUCUUGCCCGGCUCCACCGGGGUCAUGAUGGAGACUGGCGAGGCCGGGCCUCCAGGGAGGAUGGGCGUGUCGGGGAGGGGCCUGCUCCAAGGCGUGGAUGGCCAGACCGGGCAGGGGCCCAUCCCCAGCGCCGAAGGCUUCGCGGGAGCACCAGGAUACCCCAGCGCCCCUCCGGUGGCCGCCCCAGGGGCUCCGGUGCCCGCUCUCGUGGCUUUCUCCGCGGGGCUCACCCAGAAGCCUUUCCCCAGCGAUGGGGGUGUCGUCCUCUUCAACAAAGUGCUGGUCAACGAUGGAGAUGUGUACGACCCCGACACCGGGAUCUUCACGGCUCCGUAUGACGGGCGUUACCUCAUCACAGCCACCCUGACUCCUGAGAGGGACGCAUACGUGGAAGCCGUCCUGUCGGUCUCCAAUGCCAGCGUGGCCCAGCUGCAUACAGCCGGCUACAGGAGGGAGUUCCUGGAAUACCACCGGCCCCAAGGGGGCCUGCACACCUGUGGGGGCCCGGGCGCAUUCCACCUCGUCGUGCACUUGAAGGCAGGAGAUGGCGUCAACAUUGUGGUGACUGGGGGCCGCUUGGCCCACACAGACUUUGACGAAAUGUACUCCACGUUUAGUGGGGUUUUCUUGUAUCCUUUCCUCUCUCCCCUCUAGGGUGGCUGGGGCGAGCUACGGGGAACUAGUUGUGAGGACUUCGGAAGCUUUAAUAUAUGCAGUUUAUUAUGUAUGUAACUGGAGCACUGGUCUAGUUUUCCGCAAACCUCCCCACACCUCCCCUAAGAUACAGGCCUGAGCGUCCCCAGGCAGGGGGCAAGGACACGUGUGCCCAAUGGGGCCACUGUCUUCUGUCGUUCCGACUGGCCACCUGAGGAGUGGGGUCCUCCCUGGCCGAUCAACUGCCAACUGGGGGGUGCAACCUGCCGCCCCGUCCUGCUGACGGAGGAGGGAGAGCCGCUGGGCUGCAGGGCUGAGGGCACGAGGGCGGGUGAGCCGCACCUGUGGCCUCGGUCUUUACUUACUCCACCUGCAGGACAGAAGUUUAAACACUGAAGUGGCACGUGCCACCACUGAGAGAGACCUGGGGGCCAUGCGCACUCCAGGCCUUUGCCCAGCUGUGAGGCAUGUGCAGGAGGCUGUGCAACCGGGGGGGGGGGGGGGGCCUCCUUGAAUGACGUGUACCUAAGUGCAAAGACAGGGAGUGUCAAUAAAGAUGUAAAACCACUUCAAGUUACUGAAGUCUGUGCCUUAUGGAUUGAGAGUUGUUGCUAAAAAGCUGCAGA